AUGGAGAAGAAGCAAGCAUAUGCGAGCGUGCAGCCGGUCCGGCGACACAACCGCUCAGCCAUCGGAAAGUGGCUGAUAGCCGGCGGCGCCAUCGCUUUGCUGGGCGCUGCGAGCUGGUACCUCCACAAGCAGGAUCUCAAGUCUUGGAGGCACCCCGAGCACCAUCAUGACUUCGCCUCAGUCGUCCAUCUCAGAGGGUCUCCGUACGGCCGGUUCCCCAUGCCCGAUGACCCGUUCAGGUUCAUCCCUUGCACCAAUACAUCUCUCCCGCCUCCCCUCAGCGACCCGCAUCCCGAGGACACUUGGGAGGCGCUCUUUGACCCUCGUCCGUCUCACUGGAGCUGGGGCAACAAAACCACGUCCACCGAGGAGUUCCGCAAUCCCUACGCAGGCCGCGGCAUCUACCUAUGCGGAUACCUCGACGUGCCUCUCGACUACACCAAUGACUCCGACACUCGCAUCGUCCGGCUGGCCGUGACCAAGUACCAAGUCUCCGGCCUCGCCCGCAUCAGAGAACCCCUCGACGCAGACAAAAACCCCGUCCCAGGCACCAAGAGCAAACGCACCAUCGUAAUCGAGCCCGGCGGCCCCGGCGGCAGCGGCACAUCCUACGCCUGGUCGGCCGCCGAACGCGUCUCCAAGCGCUUCAGCAACGGCACCUUCGACGUGCUCGGCUGGGACCCCCGCGGCGUCAACACCACGCACCCCUCCAUCUCCUGCUUCCCCUACGACGUCGACCGCGACCACUGGUCCCUCCUCACCGGCCAGUACCUCGAGGUCUCCGACCCCAAGCGCCAGCUCAACCUCGCCGACGCCAUGAACAACGCCACCAUGAACGCCUGCUUCCAGAAGCACGGCGACGUCCCCCGCUUCCUCAGCACCACCUUCGUCGCCCGCGACAUGGAGCAGAUCCGCAAGGCCCUCGGCGAGCGCGAGCUCACCGGCUACCUCGUCAGCUACGGCACCGGCAUCGGCCAGACCUACGCCAACAUCUUCCCCCACAGCGUCGGCCGCAUGAUCCUCGACGGUACCGAGUACGUCCGCGACCACCGCCUGCUCGGCGGCUUCGGCUGGACCGCCCUCGACAACGCCACCAACGCCUGGCACGACGGCUUCCUCGGCGAGUGCCUCAACGCCGGGCCCAACCACUGCGCGCUGGCCCGCGAGAUCGACGGCUACCCCGUCGCCCUCGACGACCUCGAGUCGCGCAUGCUCGCCCUCGUCAACUCGCUCAUCGACAGGCCCGUCAUGGGCUACACCAACACCAGCGGGCCCUCGCUCGUCACCUACUCCGGCCUCGUCGGCGCCAUCUACCGCUCCCUCUACAACGCGCAGGGCUGGCCCGCGCUCGCGCAGAUGCUCGCCGAGCUCGAGCAGGGCAACGCCACCCUCGCCGCGCGCGCCCUCGAGCGCUCCGCGUGGGAGUACGACCCGACGCUGCCGGCCACGCACCCGCAGCCCGCGUCGUCCGACGAGCUCGGCACGCUGGUAAUCUGCGCCGACUCGUGGGACGCGCCGCAGCCCGCCGACGGGCUCGACUGGUGGGCGUCGCUGUGGGCCAACAUGACGGCCAAGUCGUGGGUCUCGGGCAACUCGCGCUUCUUCAACGUGUUUCCGUGCCGGCACUUUGGCACGUACUGGCCCGAGCCCGCGGGCGUGUACCGCGGCGAUUUGAACCACACGCUGCGCCACCCGGUGCUGCUGAUCGCAGAGGCGUAUGAUCCGGCGACGCCGCUGCGCAACGGGCGGAGGUUGCUGAAGGAGAUGGGGCGCAAUGCGAGGCUGGUGGCGCACCAUGGCUACGGGCACUCGUCGAGGGACACGUCGAAGUGCACGGAGGCGAUUGCAAGGCGGUACAUUAUGACGGGGGAUUUGCCGAAGGAGGCGGAGACUGCGUGCUAUGCGGAUGAGAAGCCGUAUCUUUAUGGAGUGAAGCAUAAGACUGAUGUUUUGGAGGGCGGGGGUGAUCCGGUGGAGGUGUGGCUUAAAACUCUUGAGUGA